AUGAUGCCUUUCUCAGCCAAGGACAGACAGCAGGAGCCCAAGAACUGGAAAUGGGCAGAGGUGUAUCAAGAAGUCUGGUGCUACGACGACUGCCACCUCUACAACGCCCACCCCUCCUUUGCAGAUGGGCUGAACUGUGAAAGUGGCCAAGAGUACCACGAUUGCUCCAAGCACUCAGAAAUGACAUUCAGGAGCAUGUCAUCCCCUGGCUCGAUGUUCUCCUUUCCUCCGGAGGCUCCGUGUGUCUUUCAUCCCCUGAUGGGGUGGACUGGAGGUUUGACUUCAGGGUGGGUUUUUUAG